AUGCUUGAGAAUUUAAUUAAACUUAAUAAAUCUGUUUUAUUUUUUCAAUUUUUUUCUUAUAUAUUUAUUGCUCGUUAUGUCUUUCAUUCUAAAUUUCUUUUUCGAUUUUUCUUGUCCUUUUUGUUUUCAUUCUCACAUUCUGUUUCUCAUUUCUUUCUGUCUUCCUCCCUUAAUAAUUCUUCUUUCUUUCUUUUUUCUUUCUUUCUUUCUUUCUUUCUUUCUUUAUUUUUCGACAUGUUUCACCUGUCCUUUUCUUUAACAUUUAUUCUUUGUUUCUUUGUUUCUUUCUUUCUCUUCACUCUCCCUCUCUCCGUCUAUUUCUUUAUGUCUGUUUACAUUUUUCUUCAUUUCCUGCUUUUCUUCAAGUUUUCUUUUUCUAUAUACAUUCGUUUUCACCCUAUCUCUCUCUCUCUCUCUCUUUCUCUUUGUGUCUCUUUCUCUGAAUUGAUUUCUUUUUCCUUUCUUUUUCGUUUAAGGGCAAACGAACCGAAAGUGUUGCUUAUUUUUUCUUUCUUUGUGCCCUUGCGGUUACGACAAGAGCCUCUAUGCACAAAUAGCGAUUUCUUUCAGCGUGGAGCCCAGCCAUUUAAUUCAUCCUACCUCCGGAUCGUUCUGAGGGAUCGAAAUACUACUGUUCGGAUAAAAAUUCACAACGUGGCGGAUAGUGGUGGCACCUCCAGUUCACCGGGGGAGGACCAGGUGGUUUACUUUUUGGCCAGAAAUACUGGAGAGACAGGACAGAGCUUAUUCUAUCUAUCUAUCUAUCUAUCUAUCUAUCUAUCUAUCUGGUCCGAUGGAUAA